AAAAUCCAUAGUUUUCUUGCCCACACUAAUGAUCUUUUUGCUUGUGAUUCUCUCCCUAGGCUCUGUCGACGUUGCAGCUGAUAAUAUGGUCACAAACAUUGGAGGAAUCAUCAAUCAUAAUUCUCGUAUAGGCAAAGAACAGAAGACAGCAAUGGAUAUAGCUGUUCACAACUUCAACAAGAGGUCAACUAUGCACUACCUAGCUGUCCAUUACCAUAAACUGGGUGGAGACCCCCUACUAGCGGCUUAUGCUGCUAAAGAGCUAAUUAACGAGAAGCAUGUGGUAAUGAUUAUUGGCAUGGAGACAUGGUCGGAAACAGCUUUAGUUGCCAGCGUUGGAAACCAGGCUCAAGUUCCCGUUAUUUCACUGGCAGCUGGAGCUAUUAAAACGCGCCAGUGGCCUCUCUUGGUCCAAAUGGCUAACGAUGUUUCGGAACAAAUGAAUUGUGUUGCAGCUAUUGUUCAGUCCAACUGGAGAAGAGUUGUUGUUGUCUACGAAGAAGACAUGUAUGCUGGUGUGCCGGCUAUGCUUCCUCUGUUAUCUGAGGCAUUACAAAAAGUUGGCUCGUAUAUUGUGCAUCAUUUAGCCGUUGCACCAUUUUCUUCUCUAUCAAAUCCCAAACAAUUUGUUCAUGAGAAACUGAUGAGAUUGAAAAGCAGCCAGCCCAGAGCUUUUAUUGUUCUUCACGCAUCAUUACCUAUGACUACAGUUUUGUUCACCGAAGCAAAGAAAAUGGAUUUCGUGGGAAAAGACUCCGUUUGGGUACUUACAGACUCCGUUGCAAGCUUACUUGAUUCCGCUAACAGCUCAUUUUUCUCUUCAAUGGAAGGUGUUGUGGGAAUCAAGACAGAGUAUUCUGAAAACAGUAAGCCAUUUCUAGAAUUUUAUGAGCAAUAUCGGCAAAGAUUCCAGUUGGAAUAUGCAGAAGAAGAAAAUUACAAGCCUGGGAUAUAUGCUCUGAGGGCAUAUGAUAGCAUUGCAGCUAUUACUGCUGCCUUGGAUCGAGAUAACAAAACUUUUACGUCGGAGAGAUUGCUAGACAGUCUACAAUCAAGCAGUUUCACUGGAUUAAGUGGUGAAAUUCAUUUUGAAGAUGGAAGACUUUCUUACCAAUCUAUAUACCGGGUAAUUAAUGUCUUCAACAUGACAUACAACAAGUUGGGAUAUUGGUCUCCAGACUUUGGGUUCUCAAAGAGCCUCGAUGUUGCAGAGUAUGGAAAGAACGACUCAAGUGGAAAAGGUAAUACCUUUUUGAAACUGGUGGAUGGUUUUAUAAAGCCACCGGGGGACUUGAAGCGGGUUCCUGAAGGAUGGACAAUGCCCAGUUUGGAGAAUCCACUCAUAAUUGGAGUUCCUGGUAACGCCACAUCUGAGAAUCUUGUGAAGAUUACGUCCAUCAAGAAUUCAGCUGAGAAGAUAUACUCCGGUUUUUGCAUUCGUGUUUUUGAGGAGGUGAAAAGGAUUUUGGAAUAUGAUCUGCCUAGUAGAUACGUGGAAUUUAACGGCACUUAUGACAAUUUAGUUGGUAAUGUUGCAAACAAGACCUUUGGAGCUGCUGUAGGUGAUGUAACAAUUCUAUCUAAACGUUGGAGUGGCGUAGAAUUCACAGAACCAUUCACAGAGUCGGGCUUGUUAAUGGUAGUCCCUGCGAAGCCUGCUCACAAGGCAUGGAUAUUUCUGAAGCCUUUCACUGUGGAAACGUGGUUAGCGACGGGGGCUGUUUUGAUCUACACAAUGUUUGUAGUUUGGUUCUUGGAACAUCGGUCCAAUCCAGAAUUUGGUGGUCCAUGGAAGGAUCAGCUGGGGAAUGUUCUUUGGUUCACGUUCUCUUCACUUUUCCUUGCUCACAGGGAGAAGAUUCAAAGCAAUUAUGCUCGGGUUGUAGUGGUGGUUUGGCUUUUUGUGGCAUUGAUCUUAACACAAAGUUACACCGCCAGUCUCACUUCAAUGCUCACAAUCUCGCUACUCCAGCCAAGUGUUGAGUCUCUAAAAAUGUCCAAUGCCAAAGUUGGUGGUGAUGCAAAUUUGUUGAAGACAUACGUACAGGAUGUGCUUCAAUACAAACCAGAGAAUCUCAUGCCCAUGCACAAUGAAAAUGACUAUCUGAGGUCAUUCGAGAAUGGCAGUAUCUCAGCAGCAUUUCUUGAGAUUCCUUACGCGAAAGUUUUUGCCAACAAAUAUUGCAGGAAAUACACAGUCUAUGGAUCCUCAUAUAGACUUGGAGGAUUUGGCUUUGUAUUCCAAAAAGGUUCUCCAAUAGCAGCUGAUGUCUCCAAAGCCAUUCUACAACUGAUGGAGAAUGGCACGCUAAAAAGGUUAGAAGAAGAGUGGUUAACUCCUUCCGCAGAGUGUCGAAACUCCCAGACUGACAAAAACAUUGAUGUCCUAAGCUUUCAAAGCUUCUGGGGACUAUAUCUCUUCUCCAUCGCCACCUCCUCCAUUUGUUUUAUGCUAUUCCUGGCUAAGUUACUAAAGAGCUUCUAUCACGAUCACGAAUCAGGUGAUAUCCACGGAAGUGAUGACAGUGUUUGGAACAAGACAGUUAGACUUGGACGAUACUUGUACAAAGCAGAGACUGGGAACCCAAGGAGAGCUCCAACUUCCAGUCGGGAACACCCCACAUCAGAAACAUGAUUAGAUUGUCUAAAUUUAAGAAAAGGAAGAACAGGGGGAACCAUUUCUUGUUCAUAUUGGAUGCAGAACGAUAGUUGUAGCAUACUUGGAGUUUCCAAACACAAUGCUGGUCAAUUAGCCAUUUUGCGAUCCAGCUUGACAUCAUGAUUGAUCCAAAAGACCCAUGGAUGAUUGAAAAAUGACCCAAGAAUACUAACUCACGUUAAAAUUUGGUGUUAUUAAGCUCCUUUUUUGGUGGCUCCACCUGAGCUUACAAUUAUGAUUUGAUGCGUUUAUCUCAUAGAAUCUAUGUAAUAACUGAGCUUAGUUUUUAAAUCUUAUGCACAUUCAUAAAUCUAAUGGUGUAAAGGAGUUCCUUGAAUCCAAUGG